GUGCUUCCUGUAAGUUUGGCUUCCCCAAGAUGGCAGCGCCCUUGUCAGUGGAGGUGGAGUUCGGCGGCGGUGCAGAGCUCCUGUUCGAUGGUGUGAAGAAGCAUCAGGUCACCUUGCCUGGACAGGAGGCGCCCUGGGACAUCCGGAGCCUCCUGGUCUGGAUCAAGAAGAACUUGCUAAGAGAGCGGCCAGACUUGUUCAUCCAAGGAGACAGUGUGCGGCCCGGAAUUCUGGUGCUGAUUAACGAUGCUGACUGGGAGCUGCUGGGUGAGCUGGACUACCAGCUUCAGGACCAGGACAGCGUCCUCUUCAUAUCCACACUGCAUGGAGGCUAAGGGCCCCUCCCUGCGCCUGGGUACCAGAGGACUUGGGAGAACAGAACCAUCACAUGGACCCUUGGGCCCUACUUCCACAUCCCCCUGUCCCCCUUGGCUGCUUUCUUCCCUGCUCUAUUCCCUGAGCUCACUCCAGGCAGGGAAAGGAGGCCAGGUGCUAAAACGGGCCUUUCUCAGGCACGUGAGCAGGGCAGGCAGGCAGGGAAGCAGGCAGUGGACACGACAGAACCCAGCUCCCUCUCCCAGCAACUGAGGUGGGGGGAGGGGCUCCCCAGGUUGGUCAGUAGAGGCAGGCUCUGUGGCCAGCUGACUCAGCUGCUGCCUUGCCCCUACUCCCGGUGUCUCUGUCUAAGCGUGGAGUGAUUGCUCUCCAGGCCCAGGCGCCUCUGGGGGGACAGGAGUGGACCUGAAGCACUGGCGGCAGACCCUCUUGUCUUCAAGAUCAGAGGAGUCUCCGCCUCAGUUUCCCUAUCCAGACCUCAGAGGGCUCUGCCUGUCCCCCACUAAUAUCAUUAUGGAACCCCAGCUGGGGUCCCUUAUUCAGUGCUGACCCUCCCCCCCCCCAGCAGCUGCUCUUCCACCCACACCCCUCCUCCUGCUCCCCCCCACCCCCAGCCCUUGACCCUGGCUGGCCUCACCCAACACAGGGCACCAGAUGGGCUCCCAAGAACCUUCCCCCAGCCAAAGGCUGCCUGCCACUCAUCCUGCCGGUUAUUGAGGAGGAAGGGGUUGUUUGAACUUUGGACCAGCACAUGGAGGUCUGGAGGGGUCAGUGUGCCUCAGUUUCCUCUUCAACAGCAAUGUGGACAUUUAUAGUCAUUAACUAGCCCAUCUAGACAUGGGGAGAUGCCCAGUGGCCCAAAUGUAGACUCUCCCUUUCCACUCCCUGCUGAAAGCACGAUGGGGACAGGCCGGGCCUGGUAGGCAGGGUGAUUUGCCCCUCCUCCCUCCAUCCCUUGGAAAAAUGUAGGCCCUCAGUGCUGGCAACAGCUGGUCUUGAGCAAAUAAAAGAUUAGGUUGUUGACUA